ACAGUAUUUUUUAUGUCGACUGUCCUCUCCCUCAUAAAAGGUAGAGUUGGUAGAGAGUAGCAGCAGAAGUCAAAACAAGAAUUAAGAGGAGCCUCUCGUUUUUUCAUUUGUGUAUCAGCCAGAGAAGAAGAUGGAUACGUAUUUCAUAUCACAUGGAUCUCCAAUGCUAGCAAUAGAAGAAGAUAUGCCAGCAAGAUCUUUCUUAAAAUCAUGGCAACAGAGAAUUCAUCAACAUAAACCAAGCUCUAUUCUGGUGAUUUCAGCUCAUUGGGAAACUGCAGAUCCAACUGUUAAUGUUGUUGAUCAUAACUCUACUAUUUAUGAUUUUUAUGGGUUUCCUAAGCCUCUUUAUCAGCUCAAAUACCAUGCACCAGGUGCCCCGAGAUUAGCUAAGCGGGUAAAGGAACUGCUAACCAGUUCUGGCUUUCAACGAGUCAAAGAAGAUAAAACUCGUGGGCUCGAUCACGGUUCUUGGAUCCCACUCCAUCUCAUGUAUCCUGAGGCUGAUAUCCCAGUGUGUCAACUUUCGGUUCAGACACAAUUAGAUGGAACUCAUCACUACAACAUGGGAAAGGCACUAGCCCCUCUUAGAGAUGAAGGGGUCCUUAUAAUUGGGUCUGGAAGUGCAACCCAUAACUUAAGUGCCCUCGGAAGAGAGAAUACUCCUGUUCCAUCAUGGGCAGAAGAUUUCGAUACAUGGCUAAAAGAAUGUCUUCUCGCUGGCAGACACGAAGACAUAAAUCAUUAUGAAGAGAAGGCGCCUAGGGCCAAAAUGGUGCAUCCAUGGCCUGAACAUUUCUACCCACUGCACGUCGCUCUCGGGGCAGCUGGGGAAGAAGCAAACGCUGAACUCGUCCAUCACAGUUGGCGGGAAGGAGCCCUUUCGUAUGCUUCUUAUCGUUUUAAAACGGCGCCAUGAUGUUAACUGUGCCUACGAGAUUUCUCUCUUUUCUGGUACCUAUUUUCAAGAACUUGUGUAAUUGCUAUGCUUGAUUUUGUGACUGAGUGAUUAAUAUGUGUAACUUCAUUGGUAUGAUCUUACUUCACAGUUCACCUACAAACUACAAUAAUACUUAUUUGAACAGAAGUAUUUGACAAUGUAAAAGUUAAUUACAAUAUCAGAGUACCCAAUUGUUUUAGUCCAUCAAAA